AUGGCACUGGUCACUUCUUCAACCGAUUCGACGUGGGACACGGAUUGGAUGUACAGCGUACAGAUGAACCGUUGGUUUCUCAAACCGAUUGGCGUAUGGCCUCUCAGUCUCUGCGUGACCACCUUGGAAAAGAUCAGUUCCGUGGUCCUCGCGUUAAUCAGUUGUUUCCUGAUAGGUUUCCUCUUGGUACCGUGCGCUCUGUGCACAGUGCUCGACAAAACCGGCGAUCUCGACACGAAGAUCAAAAUGAUCGGUCCUCUGAGUUUCUGCAUGAUGGCAGCGAUCAAGUAUUACAUUCUAAUUUCGCGCGGCGGCAAGAUCGGCCAAUGCGUGAAGGACAUUCGUGCGGACUGGUCUCUCACGCUUUCGCAUAGUCAAGAAGAGGAGAGAGAGAUCAUGAGGGACAGCGCUAGAAUUGGACGAUCUUUGGCGAUCUUCUGCGCCGGUUUCAUGUAUUCCGGAGGAUUUUUCUACACCACGGUGAUGCCGUUGUGCACAGUACGCACGGAGAUCAUCGACAACGAGACCGUGAGAUCUCAAGCGUUCCCGAUCUAUCGCGGCCUUCUCGAUCCGCGUACCAGCCCGUCGUUCGAGAUCGUGCAAUUCAUGCAAUGCUUGGCCGCGUUCGUUAUAUACUCGGUCACUGUUGGAGCUUGCAGCUUGGCUGCUGUGUUCGUCAUGCACGUCUGUGGACAAUUUAGGAUACUUGUGACAAAGCUGGAUAAGCUCGUCGACGGAGUGAAAGGGAGGAAGGGGUUGAGCACGCAUGAACAACGACUGGGAGAUAUCAUCGAGCAUCAUCUGAAGAUACUGGGUUUUAUAUCGCAAAUCGAGGGGCUCCUAAACGAAAUAUGUUUCGUCGAGGUGAUUGGUUGCACGUUGAACAUAUGCUUUUUGGGAUAUUAUUUACUGACGGAAUGGGAGCAAAGUGAAACUAUAGGAACGAUCACGUAUUGCACGUUGCUGGUAUCUUUCACGUUCAACGUUUUCAUACUCUGUUACAUCGGUGAAAUUCUCUCCGAACAGUGCUUAAAAGUCGGCUUGUCAACUUACAUGAUCGACUGGUAUCGUUUGCCAGGAAAAACAGCUCAAGGUUUGAUACUGAUAUUCGCCGUGUCGAAUUCUUCCAUAAAAUUAACAGCUGGAAAGAUCAUCGAUCUCUCUUUAAGCAGCUUCUGCAGCGUGUUGAAAUCGGCAUUCGCAUAUCUGAGCUUAUUACGUACGCUAACCACAUGA